CCACGCUGCAGUCGCCACUGGGUAAGCACAUGUUAUCGCCUGUCCAACUUUUUGACAUGUAUACACCAGCUAUCACAAAGGGUUUUGUUUGUCAAAGGAGAGAGGAAAAAAAACUUUGUUUUCCCGACACUCCUACAUGCGCCUGUGCUUGUGGUUUAGUGGUCUCCAAAGGAUUAUGUGUGGCAGUGAAGUAUUUUAACCCUUUAACACAUACAGUAUUUUCACCUUUUCUAAGGUUUGAGGAUGGGUGGACGUUUGCUGAAGCCUUCAGUGUCAUCUCCAUUUGGCCUCCUUUUUUUUUUAAUUGUUCCACAGCCUUAUAUAAACGUGACAAAUGUCAAGCUCGUUGGCCCUGAUUACACACGGGUCUAUUACAGCCACGUUAACCCGCAUCACUCCUCGCUUAGGCCAUUACAUAAAGGAAAAAAAAAAAUCUGCAGCUUGAAAGUUGGCUAAAGUGCAUCUGAGGCGCAUCAUGCUUCAUAAAUCACGUUGUCUCCACUGUAGAGGAGAAUGGCUCUGGUUAACUGUUUCCUUCCUCUUUGAAACAAUAAUCAAAUAUAAACACCAUUAAGCCAUAGUGCAGGCGGUGUUUUGUGUAGAAUUGGUUUACUUGAACUUUAUUGCAUUGCUGAGUGCCCCAUUAAGAUACAGUCGAAAGUGCCAUAAUUGCUUCUGAAGAACUCCGGGCAAAUACGGUCUAUUGAUACACACCAGCGAGGUAAAAGCCCGAUCUUCCUGUAAUUUUUCCUGAAAAAUAAGUAAAUCGCGUUCGUCUCCGCGUUGCGUAAAGGCGACACCGGAGAGCUCGAGGGCUGUGGAGACACGCUCCACGCGCACGGCUGUUAAUUGAGUUCAGUCCAGUCACUCCAGCCUAAUUGGUUUAAUGGCGCGAGCACACGCCGCCGCUGAAGCCUAAUGACCAGCAAACACCGGCGAGAGUGCGGCGAGCGAAGUGGCCGCAUGAGCUCUUGUUUGUUGUCGCCAAGAUACCUGCGUGCGGAGACCGUGGGCCCACGCGUGCGAAAUGGUGUUAAAUGAUGCAUUUACAAAAGUAUAAUGGGCGCGUUUUAAACGUUAGAGGGGGGAAAAAAGCAGAUAAAUGAAAAAAGUGGGCUGUGUGUGGUGUUUGAGCUUUUCGCCAGAGUUUCCAAGACAACUGUCUCUCCAUCCACGUCUCUUAUCUGGCGGGUCAACCAAUGUUUGCGCCCAUACGUAUCGAUUUAUCAACCUCAGUGUGCACACGAGAGAUAUAUCCAUAUAAAAUGUCGAUGGCUGUGCUGUUUGAGGACAAUCCAGCUUGCCUUGCGUGAGAAUCGUGCUCCUUCCAGGCGCUCUUGAUUAAUACCUCCCUCUUUUGCCCCACAUGUGGAGGGAGCAGUUGCACGGUCACCUGUUUUUGUUGUUGUUGUUGCUGCUGCUGGGGUCAGAAACAGGUGGAUGCCAGGUAAACCUUGCGGUAUUUACAGAGUAGCAUUGAUUUACGCGCUGUUGUUCAGUUGGCUGGGGAAAAAAGCUCCCUCAAACUGCAGAAUAUCCUGGAAACUGGGAGCUAUCGGCCUGCCGUUUUUGAGCAAACAGUGAAACCAAUGGCUUGGGCGCUACAGGGUCACAUGGUGGCAGAGUGACACACCUGUGUGGAGCAGUAAGGGCCUCGCAGUUGCGCCUGAGGCAGGUAGAGCUGAAGGUUUACGCCGAGGUAGGGCGCAGGUUACGGUGCGUGUGUGUGCGCAAACGGCCCCCCUGCAGACACGGGUCCUCGCCAGCCAUGAAUCGGGAAGAUCACUUUUAUCCCUCUCAGGUUUUUAAAGACUCCUGCGCGUACCAGAGAUCACAGGGUGAUGACUACAGCCACAGCAGCCCGCCACCCUGCCUCUACAUGAGCAGGCAGGUCCACUCCGUCUACACACCGCCGUCCAUGGGAGCCUUGGAGCAGGCCGGCCUUCCUGACAUUGCUACCACUUACAGUUUGCCGAGUAUGCGGGAGGAUCCUGGCGUGCCCCAGCUCCACCACCACCAGCACCAGCAGCAACAGCAGACCCUCCAGCCGCCUCCAGGCUACAGUGACCCCGUGGAACAGAGCAGAUAUCACCUGCCAUUCCCUUGGAUGAAAACCACUAAAUCCCACUCACACACCUGGAAAGGACAGUGGGCAGGGUCAUACGUGAUGUCUGAGAAUGAAGAAAACAAACGCACGAGGACUGCGUACACGCGCGCCCAGCUGCUAGAGCUCGAGAAGGAGUUCCUUUUCAACCGCUACAUCUCGAGGCCGAGGCGCGUGGAGCUGGCGUUGACCCUCAGCCUCACCGAGCGCCACAUCAAGAUCUGGUUCCAGAACAGGCGCAUGAAGUGGAAGAAGGAGGAGGACCGGAGGAGGGCGAGGGGGGCCGACCCGGACCAGGACUCCUCCAUCACCUCUGGGGACCAGGGGGAGGCCGCGGGAGGGGUUUCCUCCUCAAACGGACCUCACGCCACCACACCCCCCGUGUCCCCUCUGCACGGUCUGUCUGCCUCCGGCUCCAGAGAGAGCGCAUAGAUCCAGCGGAUCUAUUUUUAAGACUUUAAGAUUUUUAAGACUCAGACCUGAACUCAUAUUUAAGGGAUCAUUUUAACUUUGACUGAAACUUAAAUCCAAGUUUUAGGAAACAUGUACAUAUAUUUUUUUCCUGAAAAGAUUGAGGGUGAUUAGGGGAAAAAUCUCUUAAGAGUUUAUGUAUCAGGUAUUUCUGUAAAGUGCUCGUUUACAGGGACCCCUCAGAAAUUUCUCUUGGACCACCAUAAGCCCCCUGACUGGAUUUCACAGUCUGUUAUUUCUGGACUUAUUUAGUGACAUUUCUUCAUCGCUAAACAUCCUCUGAGAUAGGCUCAACACCAGAUGGCAAGCGGAGACAACAAAUUCACCGAGGACGAACUCCUUUCCCGGCAGCGGACCACAGACAUGAUUAUCAGUGCUGUUGUUUUCCAUACAUCAGUGUACACUUGUAUAUACACUAAGCUGUAUUAUGGAGAUUGUUAAUUAGAAUCAAUGAUCCACAUGUUUUAUUGAUUGGAGAUUUUAUGGAUACAUUCAGAAUAAAAAUAUACCACAGCC